CUUUAUUUGAAUUUUGAAAUCACCGGAGUUCGUGUUCCAUGAAUCCAUGUCUGCUAAGCUCAUAGAGAGAGAGACCAGUAGUACCUGUUCACAAUUGCAGACUGACUAAGAGACCGGCUUAUAGCGCGUAUACGUGUGUAAAGAAAGUGAAAAAUUGUAUCUAUACAUUGUUCGUAAAGUGUAGUAGCCGGAGGUGAACAAUGGUGGAGAACGGAGGUAUCAGCUUGGAGGAAAUCAGGAACGAGAGCGUCGACCUUGAGAACAUUCCGGUUGAUGAAGUAUUUGAACAAUUAAAAUGUUCCAGAGAAGGUUUGUCAUCAGAAGAAGGGCAGAAGAGGCUUCAAAUCUUUGGCCCAAACAAGCUAGAAGAGAAAAAGGAGAGCAAAUUUCUGAAGUUCUUGGGUUUUAUGUGGAAUCCCCUCUCAUGGGUCAUGGAGAUUGCUGCUAUCAUGGCUAUUGCGUUGGCAAAUGGGGGAGGCAAACCCCCAGACUGGCAAGAUUUUGUCGGCAUUGUUGCAUUGCUAUUUAUCAACUCCACAAUAAGCUUCAUAGAAGAAAACAACGCAGGCAAUGCCGCAGCUGCUCUUAUGGCUGGUCUUGCUCCCAAAACAAAGAUUCUGAGAGACGGAAGAUGGAGUGAGCAGGAGGCAGAAAUCUUGGUUCCAGGAGAUGUGAUUAGCAUCAAGCUGGGAGACAUCGUCCCAGCAGAUGCUCGUCUUCUGGAGGGAGACCCUCUCAAGAUUGACCAGUCUUCCCUUACUGGUGAGUCCUUGCCUGUCACAAAGAACCCUGGUGACGAAGUCUUCUCUGGAUCUACCUGCAAGCAAGGUGAGAUUGAGGCAGUUGUCAUUGCCACUGGUGUGCAUACCUUCUUUGGAAAAGCUGCUCAUCUCGUUGACAGCACUAAUCGAGAAGGGCACUUCCAAAAGGUGUUGACAGCAAUAGGAAACUUCUGUAUUUGCUCCAUUGCAGUGGGAAUAAUUAUAGAGAUAAUAGUGAUGUAUCCCAUUCAGCACCGAAGGUAUAGGGAUGGGAUUGACAAUCUUUUGGUGCUUCUCAUUGGAGGGAUUCCAAUUGCCAUGCCAACAGUGUUGUCAGUGACAAUGGCUAUCGGUUCUCACCGGCUUUCACAGCAAGGUGCUAUCACCAAGAGGAUGACUGCUAUUGAAGAAAUGGCAGGAAUGGAUGUACUAUGCAGUGACAAGACUGGGACUCUCACUCUAAAUAAGCUUACAGUUGACAAGACCAUGGUUGAGGUAUUUGGGAAAGAUGUGGACAGGGAUUCCUUGAUGCUGUCUGCUGCUAGGGCAUCAAGGGUUGAGAAUCAGGAUGCUAUUGAUGCUUGUAUUGUUGGAAUGUUGGGUGAUCCCAAGGAGGCAAGAACAGGGAUAAAUGAGGUGCAUUUCCUGCCCUUUAAUCCUGUUGAUAAACGCACGGCCAUAACAUAUAUAGACUCUGAUGGCAGUUGGCACCGAAUCAGCAAAGGCGCACCAGAACAAAUUAUUGAGCUCUGCAACCUUCGCGAAGAUGUGAAAAAGAAAGCACACGCCAUAAUUGAUAAGUUUGCUGACCGUGGACUUCGUGCUCUUGCUGUUUCUAAACAGGAAGUUCCAGAGAAAAACAAAGAAAGUCCAGGAGCACCAUGGCAAUUUCUGGGUCUCUUGCCUCUCUUUGAUCCUCCAAGGCAUGACAGUGCUGAAACCAUUCGUCGUGCCCUCAACCUUGGAGUCAAUGUCAAGAUGAUCACUGGUGAUCAGCUAGCCAUUGGGAAGGAGACUGGCCGGAGGCUUGGUAUGGGAACCAACAUGUAUCCUUCUUCUGCCCUCCUUGGUCAGCACAAGGACGAGUCUUUAUCUGCACUACCUGUUGAUGAGCUUAUUGAGAAGGCAGAUGGUUUUGCUGGUGUCUUCCCUGAGCACAAAUAUGAGAUCGUGAAGAGGCUACAAGACAGGAAACAUAUUUGUGGCAUGACUGGAGAUGGAGUGAAUGAUGCCCCAGCACUCAAAAGGGCAGACAUUGGAAUUGCUGUAGCUGAUGCUACUGAUGCGGCACGGAGUGCAUCUGAUAUAGUCCUGACAGAGCCUGGAUUGAGUGUGAUUGUCAGCGCUGUUUUAACAAGCAGAGCCAUUUUCCAGAGAAUGAAGAAUUACACCAUUUAUGCAGUCUCUAUAACUAUCCGUAUUGUGCUGGGUUUCAUGCUCAUUGCUCUCAUUUGGAAGUUUGAUUUCUCACCUUUCAUGGUUCUUAUCAUUGCCAUACUCAAUGAUGGAACAAUAAUGACCAUUUCUAAAGACAGAGUCAAGCCAUCUCCUAUGCCUGACUCAUGGAAGCUCAAAGAGAUUUUUGCCACAGGCGUUGUUCUUGGCGCCUACUUAGCUAUCAUGACUGUUAUAUUCUUCUGGGCAGCUCAUACUUCCGACUUUUUCUCGGAAAAGUUUAAUGUUAGAUCCAUCAGAGAUAGCCCUGAUGAGCUUACUGCAGCUGUCUACCUCCAAGUGAGUAUUGUGUCGCAGGCACUUAUCUUUGUCACUCGCUCCCGGAGCUGGUCUUAUAUUGAACGGCCUGGUCUCCUGCUAUUGAGUGCCUUUGCUAUAGCACAGCUGAUUGCCACGCUCAUCGCUGUCUAUGCAAAUUGGGAAUUUGCAAGAAUGAAAGGUAUUGGCUGGGGAUGGGCUGGUGUUAUCUGGCUCUACAGCUUGGUUUUCUAUAUUCCCUUGGAUAUUCUUAAGUUCCUCAUCCGAUUCGCCUUGAGUGGCAGAGCUUGGGAUAACCUUCUCCAAAAUAAGACUGCCUUCACAACAAAGAAGGAUUAUGGAAGGGGAGAGAGGGAGGCACAAUGGGCCUUGGCUCAACGUACCCUGCAUGGCCUGCAACCUCCCGAAAGCUCUGAUAAGAACAAUAAUUACCAUGAAAUGUCUGAGAUUGCUGAACAGGCAAAGAAACGUGCUGAAGUUGCUCGGUUGAGGGAGCUUCACACUCUCAAGGGACACGUUGAAUCCGUUGUGAAGCUCAAAGGACUUGAUAUCGAGACCAUUCAACAGCAUUACACUGUUUGAGAGCUACACUUGCAAAAGAGAUUUUUGAAUAUGGCGCAGAUAAUUGGCAUAUAUCCCUUUUGUUUCAGAUUUGUAUUUGAUGAUUUUGUAAGAGGAUGUAAGAUUGGGAAUAAUCCAGCAUGAGAGAUAGGUUUACGCGAUUAUCCCGUGUUGGAAUUAGAGUUAGAUGAGAAAGUAGUAAUCCCGGAUGUUAAGUACUGUUACAUUUCAUUCAAAUGAAAGCUUCCUAAUAUUUGC